AAAAAUCUAAAAUCUCCCUAAAAAAUAAAAAAAUUUAACAAACAAUUCUUUUUUCUUUUUUUUCAAAAAAUGAAUAAAGAAAUUUUUACCUUCAUUGUUAUUUUGGCUGCUCUUGUUACUCUCAUCCAAUCAGCCACUAUAGUUGUUGAAGUUGGUUCUGAUAACAAAUUACAAUUUUUUCCAAAUAAUAUUAAAGCUGUGACUGGUGAUUCGGUUCUGUUCAAAUUUGUAUCAGGAAAUCAUAAUGUCGUCCAAUCCGAUAAAGCUGAUUCUUGCGAAAAAUCUAAUGACCCUAAUGCUUUUCAAUCAGAAGUCAAUCCUCCUUCAAAAGAAUUUACUGUUACAAUAACUCAAACAUCAGGAAAUAUCUGGUUUCACUGCAGUGUUGAUCAACAUUGUGCAUCUGGUAUGAAAGGAGCUAUCAAAGUUACAAGCAAUCAAACCUCGGAUGCUAUUGUAAUGCCAAGAUCAUUUAUUGCUUUAAGUUUUGGUACUUUGGUUUCAAGCUUUAUCUCUUGGUUGUAAAAAAAAAAAGGGGGAAUUUUACAACGGAAUUUCUUUAUUUAAUAAUUUUGCAUUUAACCUUUAAUUAGGAUACAAUUAAUUAAUUUAUUUAAUAUUGUUCGUUGUUUUUAGUUUGUAAGAUUUGUAGAUAUUUUUCUUUAUUUUAAUUUGCAG